AUGGAAUUGGAGAUGACGCAUAAUCACAUCCCUGGAACGAACCAGAUCGGUAACGGUGAUAUUAGGGGAGAUACAGUCCAGAGUAGUACUGCCAAUCCAAGCAGUAAUGCCAACCCGAUUAGCAGUGCCAAUCCAAGUAGCAGUGCUAAUCCGAGCAGCAAUGCCAAUCCGAACAACAACUCUCAUUUCGAAAACAGAGGGCCACAAGUAGACAACAGGUUCAUAGUUGGGGAUUCAGAUAAAGAUCAUAAACGACCAUGGGUGUUUAUGGUGUUUGUCGGGGCAAGUUUAACUGUGAUUGGAGUUGUGGCUAUCACCUUACCCCUCACACUCAUGCAUAAGAGCACUGGAGCCUCCACCAACAGCGAAUCAGAUAAUCCCAAGCCUCCCACAAGUUUCCCACUGUCCCCAAGUACCUUGGACGCUCCACCCGAAAAGCCCGCCACUCCAGCCUCGUUAUACCCUCUUACGUCCGCAAUCGCCACCGCACUCUCAAGCAUCGCCAGUGUCACCUCUCCAACACCCAUACCUUCGCCCUCUCCAACGUCCCAGCCUCUCGCUCCAACGAUUCAAUCUCCCGCUCCAGCGAUCCAGUCUCCCUCCCCGACCCGAAAAGAAACCAUAACGUCCUACGCUGCCUUCCUCACACCCGGCGCCCUUUGCACCGCGGACGCACAAUGCUCGCCAAACAUCUGCUACACAGAGCCCAACACUGUGACGUACUGCUGUGGGCCAACGAUCACGGGGUGUCCCGGGUGGCCGUGUAGCGACCCGGGCCAUCGCGACUGCAAAGAUCCGUUCAAGUGUGAUUUCCAGGCGUUCACUUGUUCGUUGUGA